CGUCAGUCACUUUCCGAAAUCUUAAAUUCCAUUUGUUGAUAGAAUAAAACACAUGCUUUAUUGCUUACUUUCUACUUUUUAUUACCUAUAUUAUAUUUAUUUAGUAUAAUAAGUAAAUAUUAAUUGAUUUUAAAAAUGGGUAAAAAGAAAAAUAAAAACAAUGAAAAGAAAAAUAAAAUUAAUUUAGUUUUCGAUGAAAACAAGCGAAAAGAAUUUCUAUGUGGUUUCCGAAAACGUAAACUAGAAAGAAAAAAGAAAGCGCAAGAGGAAUUGCAACAACUGUUGAAGAAUGAAAAAAGAAGAAUAAAACAAGAGAAUAAAGAAUCAUACAAGAAACUAGUAUUGUCUAGUCGUCCAAUACCAGAUAUAGAACAGUUACUACAAGAAGAAUAUGAAGAUGAGGAUGUAAAUGUUAAGAUAGUGGAGCUCUCGUCUGAUACAUUGCAAAAGAAAGAUUUAGUUAUAGGUGAAAAUAAACCUAAAGUAGCUAAUGAGAAUACAGAAAAAAAGAAAAGUCAUAAUUUGAUGCGGAAAAUCCCAGGCAUGGAUUCAGAUGUAGGCAGUGAACCAGAGGAAUCAGAUACAGAAGAAACCCAAGAUAACAAAUUAAAAACAAAGAAAGAAGUAAAAAGAUUGCUGAAAAAACAAGCAACAAAAAAAGUCCAGAAAAGUAAAGUUUUCCAAAUGAAAAAUAAAUUGGAGAGAGUUAAGAACAAGAAGAAAUCUCAUCAGAAAAAACACCACAUGAAAGGAAAAAAUGAUCCAAAAAAGUCUAAAAAGCAAUUAGGCAGAAGGAAACAUUAAAAAUAUAAGUCAAUUUUAAAAUAAAAAUUGUAUUUUAUUGAAAUCAAAUUAACACUGAAUGAGGUAGUUGUAGUCUUACUACUAUUUACUUUUAAUAUGUUUAUCACAUUCAAUAAUUAUAAAUAUAUAAUCAAAAUUCAA